AAAAUCAGUUUUCUUCUCUUGUCCUACAUAUGGAGAUCUAGUUGUGUAAAGAAGUGAAGAAACAUUGUUUUUCAUUUGGAUUCUGCCUGUUUAAGGAGGUUUCACUGAAAUAUGAACAAAUAAAAGAAGACAUGGUGCUAAUUAAAUCUACUUGACAUGCUACUGAAGAUGGAGUUUGUUAAAGAGGAGUUUAAAGAGGAGAGUGAAGACAUCAGUAUUUCAGAACCAUUCAGUCUCAAGAAUGAAGACACUGAGGAACAAAAAGACCUGAUGAAGCUGAAAGAGGAAAGUCAAGAACUGAAUGAAGUGGAGAAACUUCAGUAUCAGAAACCUGAACAUUUUGUUAGUGCAGAAAAAUCUGUCAGUUGCUCACAGACUAAAAAAAAAGUCUCUCACAAAAGAACUCGAAGAGCAAAAACAAAAAAACAAUCUUUCAUCUGCCCUCAUUGUGGCAAGAGUUUCGCACAAAAAAGAAACCUUGAUUUACACACAAGAGUUCACACAGGAGAGAAGCCUUACACAUGUAAUGACUGUGGCAAGAGUUUCACACAAAAAGGAAACCUUGAUUUGCACAAAAGAAUUCACACAGAAGAGAAGCCUUUUACAUGCCUCCAGUGUGGAAAGAGUUUCAGACAUAAAGGAAACUUUAAUUUACACACAAAAAAUCACUCUGGAGAGAAGCCUUUUCCAUGCAUCCAGUGUGGCAAGAGUUUCACACACAAAGGAAGUCUUGAGGUGCACAUAAGAAUUCACUCUGGAGAGAAGCCUUUCACCUGCUCUCAGUGUGGCAAGAGUUUUGCACAAAAAGGAACCCUUGAUUUACACACAAGAGUUCACACUGGAGAGAAGCCUUUCAAAUGCCAUCAGUGUGGAAAGAGUUUCACACAAAAAGGAGGCCUUAAUGUCCAUAAAAGAAUUCACUUUAGAGAGAAGCCUUUUCACUGCCUCCACUGUGGAAAGAGUUUCACAUACAAAAGUUGUCUUAAUUUACACGUAAAAAUUCACAUGCCUUCAGUGUGGUAAGAGUUUCGCAAAUAAAACAACCCUGAGAGCCCACAUCAUUCAGAAGAGAAAUUACACCACUGUUUUCAGAGUGGCAAGCGUUUUUUUUGUGUGCUCAGAGUGCGGUAAAUCCUUUGCCCAAAUCAGCACCUUGAAACAGCAUGAAAGGAUUCAUACGGGAGAAAAACCUUACAAGUGUUCACAUAGUGAGAGUAGUUUUGCUCACCCAAAACACCUGAAACACAUGACAAAAUGCAUACUGGAGAGAAGACAUAUGACUGCACUCAAUGUGGGAGGAGUUUCAGCUCGCCAAGUACUCUACGGAGACAUUUAAAGAAGAACGGCCCAAAGUUGUCACAGUGAGCAAACUUUAUUUUGAGAAUCUUUCCCUGCGUUCCUAACGGGAUAAAUCCAUCUCCAAAAGGGACUUCAAAGGGACAGCAUUCCUGACCGCCUGAUGAGCCCCUUUUCUGAUACAGUUCCAGUACUUUUCCCUUGAACUUCCUAGAUGAGAGCUAUUAAGAGGAACGGGACACUCAAAGAGAUUUUUCUCUCUCUUCCAUUUGCACACAUGAAGGAACCCCCAUGGUGAAGUCACCUAGCGUCAACCAUUUUCCUUCUCAUGAUGUUUGCAUGCGCGAUUCAAUAGCAACAAUGCCACCAAUGGAGGAUGCCAGGAUUGGAGCUACACUUUUAGGACUGUUUUACACAAACUUUGUCUUCAGGAUACAGUCUUUACACUGGGUACGAGAGCCAUGCGUGCGAUUCUGCAUCCCUAAAGCUGCAGUGAGAGGAGAGAUGAGGUGCUCGAUCAGCCUAUUUUAUCUAUGCAUCACAUGCUGAACUGAGCAAUCAUGACCACCAUGUUUAAGGGUUGUUCCAAACCGAUGGGCCUAAAAUUCAAUUUAUGGAUAUUUUGGACACCAUGCAGACCAUAACAGGACCAUACGGCAUAAUUCUGCAGGUGUGCUAAGUGUAAUGUAAAUUAAACCAACUGCAACUACAAAGAAACUCUGGAUCUAAAUAUCACAACUGGUGACAUCUCUGCAUCUCUGUGGUUUAUAAAAGCUUUUCAUUAUUGUAAUGAACUUUAUAAAUAAUUUUUAAACCCCUGGAUGUUUGAUGAAGCUCACAUUUCUUCAUAAGGCCUUAAAGUUUUAAAACAAUUAUUUUUGCUUUGCAUGCUGAAAGCAGUUAAGAGUGAGGCAAAAUCAUGUGUAAAUAUUUCUGAUUAGGGUAACAGUGUCUUAUUUGACUUGGACAGAUGACGUUAAAAUGCAUUCCGAUUAAACUAUAUUUUUGAGCCCUACACCGUUCAGCCCAACAAAUCUCUCACUCUGGAGGGAAAACCCUUCAAAGGAAUUACA